AUGACCUCCCUCAUUCUUCUUCUCGCAUUCAUCCUGCAUCUCGUCACACAAAUUACAGCCCAAAGCCUCAAUGUCUCAACCUUAGCAGUCCAAAAUGGCAGUUCUAUACUCGAAUGCUGGAGCCUAAAUUCGCCCACCUCAGGCGCAGGAGCUCAAAACUACCCUCUCGGUGACUUCAGCGAAGCUUUUAUUGGCGCGAUCCCUCCACACACAUAUAUCGGUCUAGUCCACAUCUCCCUGCCCAACAGCAAAGAUGAGAUAUACAUCCAACCUGGACCUCUGAGUGUUCUCCUCGUUAUUGAUCAGCGAAAUGUGUCUAUCACUGGUCACAUCACCGACUUUCCAGGUUCGGAGACGACGCUGAUCGCACAAUUUCCGGUUUCGGGGAAUCUGGUACCUGCUCACACCGUGCUGCAUAGCGGACCUUGUGGUCUUGAUGAUGUGAGAGGGUUGAUCGGAUGA